AUGUGGUUCAUUUUUGUCUUCGUUUUCGCUACCUUUCACAGACACGUCGUCGCCAGUUGCGAUGCUGAAGAUGCUGCACUUUGGCGUCCUAACCAGGGUGAUACAUUUGAUAAAGUGCUUCGCCCUCUUGGCAUUGAUGCACGCCAGUUCAUGGAACACAAUGAAGACGUGACGGAUGUCAAUAAGAUUGACUAUGUAUCCAUCUAUUGCAUUCCUUACAUCACCUCGCUGUCGGGAUACUACUAUACCACGUCCGGCCAUCGCUUUCUAUCCCCCUCAUCUCAACCUGCUACGAAACCUUUGACUACUAACGCUCAACCCCAGACUAGCAUCACAACAGAGGAGCAGACAACAGUCCUAAGCCAGACUAUUGGCAAUUCACAAGUCACGAAAUACACAUCACAAAGCGCGUCGACAACUGUAGAGCACAUGGUAGAUUCAGCAGCCACGGAGGCGUCGAUCACAACACCCCGUAGCACUCACUCAGCUGCUGCGUAUGUUUCUGAAAGACGGUGCACUUUGCAGAGAGAUCGAAACUCGAACAUCGCGGGCGAGUUCCAGAAGCAGGCUCGAGCAUUUUGCGACGAAUAUGGGGCCUCUAAUUUUUACCCGGGGCAAAUUGGAACCGGUAACAAGGAAAAAAAAGUGGGAGAUGAGCAAUUCGUCUUUUCAAUUGAUUGGAUCGACCAAUGUGACAUCUGGCCGGUCCAAAAUGGACUUCAACCUACCGUGUUUGAUCGAACUAUAACUUGUCUGUCAGUGAUGACUCAGAACUUUCUGAAAUGUGGCAACAAGCGUUCAAAUGGCGGUUACGUAGACGUUAGCUGUCUUAGGUACUCGUCAAGAGCCAAGGAUUGGGCCUUGGAUGGUGGAUAG